UUGCCGCUUCUUCUUCCUCCUCCUCCAGUUCCGAGAUGGUGUCGAACUCCGCCAUGUUGGGCAGCAGGAUGCUCAUCACGUGACCUCUCGAUCGCCGCCACCCUCACGGAGCAGAGUUUGAAUCUGCAGAGGUGCUGUAAGAGGGAAGAAGGCCAUGGACGGGGUGGAGGGAGCAUUCCAACCUAAGGAAAUAUUAAUUAAUAUUGUCCAUCUUCCAGACACUGAGCUAAUCUCUUUCAUGUACAGUAUCUUUUAACCCUUAAAAAAUCCUAUAAGGAUGCCCAAGUGCCUAUCUGGGUCCCGGAGCAACUGAUUAGAAGAAUCGAACAACAUGGCCCACCCCGUCCUGAUGCUCAGCCUGAUAGCGAUCCUGGCGACACCAGCAUCCCUUCAACAGAUGCACCAAUGGGCAAUAGUGAAAGCCUGGCCGUUCCCCAUGCCACUGAUGAAUGAGUCCGCCAUCCUCCCUCCUGUAUACCUACUUUCAUUCCCAUGCUCAUUUCUGUAAAUCCUAAUGAUUUGCCUGUAUUGCUCUCAAGACAUAAAAGAGACUUUGGGAUCACUGCAGCCAUUAUUGCGGCUGUAGCGGCCUCCGCAGCUGCAGCAACUGCAGCAGCUGUAGCUCUCACCACGUCUGUACAGACUGCCUCCACUCUUAAUAACCUAACUACUGGAGUUGCAGAAGCCCUCGCCACACAAGAACUAAUUAAUGGCCACCUUCAAGCCGGUAUUAUGAUCGUCAAUCAGCGAGUAGAUCUAAUCCAGGAACAAGUGGACAUUCUCCAGAAACUAUUGACGACUGGAUGCAUCCAAUCACUUUCUGGACUUUGCAUAACUUCCGUGGGCUAUAAUGACCUUUCUAUUGCCACUAAUCUGUCGGAAGAGUUAAGCAGACACCUAAAUGGGACAUGGUCCAAUCAAUAUUAUAAUUUGACAAGAUUGUUAAGACAACAAAUAUUCACUAUUAAUGCAACUAAGAUUGACAUAGCUCCAUUACGGGAUUGGGUAUCUGUUGUAAACCAAACACUCUCGUUUGCUAAAGAGUGGGCCGGUAUGGGUGCACUAUUAAUUGGACUACUCCUGAGCUUGAUCCUUAUGUUCCGCUGUUUUGCAUCAUUACGUAAACAACAACGUAGACAACAGUUGGCGCUAGUACAAGCUUGCAUGGCACUGGAAGCUGGUACAUUUCCCCAAAUCUGGCUGGCAGCGCUAGAUCGGUAGUCAAUGACGGGUAAGAUUGGCUGCAUGCACAUAGCAACCUAAGCCAGGAGUUCUCCAACCAGGAGGAAUUAUCCGAUGAUGGGUAAGCAUGUUCAUGGCAGCUGACAACCUAAGACAGGCACGAUCUCCUGCCUUGCAUGCCUAAUAUAAAAGAAAAGGGAGAUGUCGGUGCCCAAAAGUAAACACGCCAUUAAGAUGGCGGCUGGAUGCGAGCCAGUAGGCGGAGCUGAGGAUUAAGGAAGUAGUCCAAAAUGCCUCUUGUAUCUAUGUGGCUGCAAGUGAUUGGUUGUACAACUUUGGUAUAUAUACACAUGCGCGGGCUGUGAAGGGGAGAUCCCAACAGCUACCCAGAAAUAAAGCU